CUUCAAACUUCGCUAUAUAUAACAGUUAUCGGCACCCUUCUAUUACAAAUUAACUUGCGUAUUUCAUUUACUCGUAUUUCUAUGGGUUCCUUACCCGACCAGCCUCACUUUGUGUUGUUCCCUUUCAUGGCUCAAGGUCACUUGAUCCCCAUGGUAGAUAUUGGGCGACUGUUAGCACAACGUGACGUGAUUGUUACUAUAGUUACAACACCUCACAACGCAGGCAGAGUCCAGAAUACGAUUGCCCGUGCCAUUGAGUCAGGGCUCCCUAUCCGUUUAGUGCAGCUCCAGUUUCCUGGCAAAGAAGUAGGAUUGCAAGAUGGGGUUGAGAAUGUAGACAUGCUGUAUUCAAGGGAGGACUUUUUCGAUUUCUUCACUGCAGCAAACAAGAUGGAAGAAGCAGUGCAGCAAUUAUUUGAGAAGCUAACACCACGCCCUAAUUGCAUUAUUUCUGACAUCUGCCUCUAUUAUACUCACAAAAUUGCCACCAAGUUUCAGGUUCCAAGGAUAUCAUUCCAUGGAUUUUGUUGCUUUUGUCUUCUUUGUUUGCAUAAUAUACGUUCCUCCCAGAUACUUGAGACCAUAACCUCUGAUUCUGAAUACUUCACGGUACCUGGCUUGACUGAAAAGAUCGAAUUUACUAAAGCCCAGUUACCGCUUAUCCGUGAUGAACCCAAGGACACUGUUGAACCAAUGAUCGAAGCUGACCGAGCAUCAUACGGGGUCGUCAUAAAUACUUUCGAGGAGCUGGAGUCAACUUAUGUGAAAGAGUAUAGGAAGAUAAAGAAAGCUUGGUGCAUUGGUCCGGUUUCUCUUAGCCACAAAGAUGAGUUAGACAAGGCAGAAAGAGGCAACAAGGCUUCAAUCAGUGAGCAGCAGUGUUUGAAGUGGCUUGAUUCUCAACAACCCAACUCUGUAAUCUAUGCUUGCCUUGGGAGCAUCAGCACUGUAAAGUGCCCAGAACUGAUAGAGUUGGGUUUGGGGUUAGAGGCAUCGAACAAACCAUUCAUUUGGGUGCUAAGAGGAAACGAUACAACAUCAAACCAAGUGGAGAAGUGGAUCAAAGAGGAUGGAUUUGAGGAAAGAAUAAAAGGAAGAGGGCUUGUAGUUGUGGGAUGGGCUCCCCAAGUACUCAUUUUGUCACACCCAGCUAUAGGAGGCUUCUUAACUCAUUGCGGAUGGAAUUCAACAAUUGAAGGCAUUUCCGUUGGUGUCCCAUUAAUAACAUUACCACUCUUCGCAGACCAGUUUAGUAACGAGAAGCUUGUAGUACAAGUAUUGAAAAUCGGAGUCAGUCUUGGAAUUGGCAAACCGACGAUGUUUGGAGAUGAGAAAUCUGGGUUCAUGUUGAAGAAAGAAGAUGUUAAAAACGCGAUAGCCCAAUUGAUGGAUGAAGGAAAUGAAGGAAUAGAGAGAAGGAAACGUGCCAAAGAGUUUGGAGAGAAGGCAAAAAAAGCUGUUGAAGUGGGGGGCUCUUCUUACAUUAAUAUGACUUUGUUAGUCCAAGAUAUCAUCCAACAAUCUUCAAAAAUAUGUUUGGAUUAGACUUCUGUCUCACAUGAGAGUGAGUGAGAAUAUAAGUUCUUUCAAUAUGCAUAAUACAAUGUAUACAGCUAUUUUUCUUUCGUCAAAGUGUAAAAUUAUAGCUUUUUUUUUUCUUUUCUUCUUCAAAAUCCACUUUGAGUUACCUAUAAAGCAAACCAAAUAAAUAAAUGAACAGAUGAGAUUAUGCAUGCUUCGUAAUCUUUUUCUCUUAAAAUUA